AUGAAUCUUUUUAUUUUUGUCUUACUGUUGUCCAUUUGGACAAAUAGUUGUUUAAAUACAAACCAAAGUGAUGGAUCUUCUACGACAGGAGCUAAGCACCCUGAAUCAACGGAGACCAAAAUGGACAACUUUAGGAAACAUCUACUCAUUAUCACAAUUAGUGUUACGAUCAUAACUUAUGCCUUUACCUGUAUUUGUUUUAUCUAUUACUAUUUUACGAACGACAAUGCCCCUAAAGCAGGAAGGGUCAAGAAAAAAGGUGUAGCAGCCAAGUCAUCUAGGUCAUCCAAAAUAUCAUUCCGUGAAUCCAAGACAGCCAGUCCAUGCAGCGCAGAAAAACAACCCAUGCUACCCAGUACAGAAAACUUAUCUGGGCCCUCAAGUCUAAAAAAGUCAUCCAUGCUAUCCAGUGCAGAAAAGCCAAUCAGGACCUCGAGUCCAGAAAGGUCAUCCAUGUCAUCUAGUGCAGAAACGUUAAUCAGGCCAUCAAGUCGACGAAAGUCAUCUAAGUCAUCAAGUACAGGACACAUAUUCACGCCACCUCCCCUGAAAAAGUCAUGUAGAACAUGCCAUCCAGAAAAGUCACAUAAGCUAGCUCACGCCCAUAAGCUAGUCAGUCAAGUCGGUUCAUCCUAUCCAAAUAAGGCAGUCAGGCCACCUUUUCCAGCCAGUCUACAAUGCACAGUCAGGCCAGCCAAGCCACCUUGUCUAUCCCGUCCACAAAAUGAAAUCUUGCCACCCAAGCCAUUCGGUUUACAGAAAGUGACCAAGUGUCCCAGAUAUCCUAAUCUAAAAAGGUCAGGUAGUACAGGUAGAGCAGACAUAUUAUCUAGGCCUCAACUAGUCAAGCCUUUUCAAUGGUAUAAGGAAAAACGCCUUGUUUGUGGAACUUUUUCUGAGCCUUUGGUCAAUGAUAUUUCUGAGGCAAAGGAGAAAAUUGCUCAAAAUACACCUUUUCCAAGAGAAGUGAAGCCUUUUUCCAAGUCCUUUCAUAAGGUAGAUUCCAGGGACAAUGCAUUCUGUGACAGUGUGAGUGACAGUGAUAGGAUGACGGAUGACAGAGAUGACAGUGAGAGGGAGAUAACCAUUAUUUGCAACACAGCACAAUGA